UCCUCCAGCAGCUGAUUGUAAUGAAUUUACCCAAUGUUUUGAUGAUUGGCAAAGACCCCCUGUCUGGUAAAAGUAUGGAUGAAAUUAAGAAGGUCCUCUUACUGGUGCUGGGCUGUGCUGUUCAGUGUGAAAGGAAAGAGGAGUUUAUUGAAAAAAUCAAACAGCUGGACAUCGAAACCCAGGCUGGGAUUGUGGCACACAUCCAGGAGGUGACCCAGAACCAAGAAAACGUGUUUGACCUGCAGUGGUUGGAGUUGCCAGACAUGGCCCCAGAGGAGCUGGAGUCUCUCUCAAGAAACAUGGUGUUUCAUCUCAAACGACUCAUCGAUGAGAGAGACGAAUGCACAGAAUUAAUAGUGGAUCUUACCCAGGAAAGAGAUUAUCUGCAGUCUCAGCAGCCACCCAGCCCCCUGAAACUGUCCAGCACUGACUCCACCCCCAGCCCAACCAGUAGCCUCUCCAGUGAGGACAAACAGCAUCUGGCCGUAGAGCUCGCCGACACCAAGGCCAGGCUACGGAGGAUCCGGCAGGAAUUGGAGGAGAAAUCAGAGCAGCUAGUCGAUGCUCGGCAUGAAAUUGAUCAGCUGGUGCUGGAACUGCAGAAAAUCAAGCAGGAGAAUAUCCACCUUGGCGCUGAUGCCCGCUCUGCACGAGCCUACAGAGAUGAACUGGAUUCUUUGAGAGAGCGGGCCAACAGAGUGGAGAGGCUUGAAAUGGAAUUGGUCAGGUGCAAGGAAAAACUGCAUGAUGUGGAUUUCUAUAAAGCCCGUAUGGAGGAGUUGAGAGAAGAUAACAUCAUCCUAAUUGAAACCAAGGCAAUGUUGGAAGAACAGCUGACAGCCGCUCGAGCCCGAGGUGAUAAAGUCCACGAGCUGGAAAAGGAAAAUUUGCAGCUGAAAUCAAAACUUCAUGAUGUGGAGCUGGACAGGGACACAGAUAAGAAGCGAAUUGAAGAGCUUUUGGAAGAAAACAUGGUCCUGGAGAUCGCUCAGAAGCAGAGUAUGAAUGAAUCUGCGCACCUGGGCUGGGAGUUGGAACAGCUAUCCAAGAAUGCUGACCUUUCAGAUGCAUCUAGGAAGUCGUUUGUGUUUGAGUUGAACGAGUGCUCCUCAAGUCGAAUUUUGAAGCUGGAGAAGGAGAAUCAGAGCCUUCAGAACACCAUCCAGGAGCUGAGAGAUGCCUCCCUGAUUGCAGAAGAAAGCAAAUUAAAAUUUGUGGAGCUUGAAACAGAAAAUCACCAACUCAGCCGAAAGAUUGAAAAGUUACAAACUCAGCUUGAAAGAGAGAAGCAGAGUAACCAGGACCUGGAGGCCCUCAGCGAGGAGCUAAUCCAAGAGAAGGAGCAGCUUCAGAGUGACACGGAGACGCAGAAGGCGGAUAAAGACAGACAGAUAAAGGACCUUGAACAAGAAAAAGACCAUCUCAAUCAGCUGGUUUGGUCCUUAAGAGAAAGAUCUCAGGUCAGUAAUGAAGCUCGAGUAAAAGACAUUGAAAAGGAAAACAGAUCUCUGCACGAAACCAUCACAGAGAUGAGCAGCAAACUCAACAAGACUGAGUUUGAAAAGAAGCAGCUGCACAAGGAUUUUGAGCACGUCAAAGAGAAGGUUGAACGGCUGGAGACGAUGGAGAAGGAACUGCACCGGCUAGAAAGGGAGAAUGAAAAGUUGGCCCAAAAAAUGACGUCCAUGAAAAUGGUCACCGAGAAAGUCGAAGCGCUGGAGAAUGAAAACGGGGGUCUGGAGGUAGAGAACAGGAAGCUGAGGAAGUCUCUGGAUACCUUGCAGAAUGUCUCCGUCCGGCUGGAGGGCCUGGAGCAUGACAACAAACAGCUCGAUGAAGAGAAUCUGGAGCUGCGGAAGAUGCUUGAGACGAUGAGGUUCACGAGCGCCAAAAUGGCCCAGAUUGAGAUUGAGAACAAGGAGCUAGAGAAGGAGAAGGAAGAGCUCCAGAAAACCAUAUUGCUGUUGAAGGCCCUGAGCAAGAAGUCUGAGAGACUAGAGCUCAGUUACCAGGGUCUGAAUGCUGAGAACCUGAGGCUUCAGCAGAUUCUGGAAUCUAGCAACAGGAAGACUCAGGAGCUUGAGAAGGAGCUCGAGGAGGUAGAGACGCAAAACCAGACCUUGCAUCGGAAUCUGGAAGAGCUGAGGAUUACCAACAAGCAGCUAGAACGAUUUGAAAAUGAUAAGAAGGUUCUGGAGCAGGAAGUGUCCCAGUUAGAGAAAGAUAAAAAAAUGCUGGAUAAGGAGACGAAGCGAUUGUGGCAACAGGUAGAGCUCAAGGAUGCCAUUUUGGAUGACAACGUCAUGAAGUUAGCAGCUGCCGAGAAAGAAAACAAAACACUAGAAAAAGAAAUUGCUCGGUUUAAGGACUCUUCCAGUAAGCUGAAAGAACUAGAAAAGGACAAUAAGGAUCUCACCAAGCAAGUCACUAUUCACAUGAGAACCCUCACGACACUAAGAGAGGACUUGGUCCUUGAGAAACUGAAGAGCCAGCAGUUGUCCAGCGAGCGGGACAAGCUGAGCCAAGAAUUGGAAAAAGUUGGACUGAACAAAGGGCCCCUGCUGGAGGAUGAUAACAGCAACGAUGACAAAAAAUACAAACUCCUGGAGAACAAAAAUGAAUCAGCCCUCAGAACAACACUAGCCAUGAAAGAAGAAAAGAUUGUAUUCUUACAGGCCCAGAUGGAGGGGACGGUUAAUUUAAAUCAUCAACUACAAAAUGAACUAAAAACGAUGAAGAGAGAAUAUGAAGUACUCAGGCAGAGCCAGGAAGAAGGGAAACAGUUACAGAACUCUUGUAAGCAUCCAGUGGGGAAAGUAGUCCUCAACCACCAGGUGAAAGAGAACUGGGAGACUGGCCACCGUGACGCCACAGCGGAGCUGUUGAAAGUCAAGGACAGGGCCAUAGAGUUGGAAAGGAAUAACGCGGCCCUUCAUGCCGAGAAGCAGCUGCUCAAGGAACAGCUCAAGCAUUUGGAGACACAGAACACGGCCUUCAGUAACCAGGUCUUGACGCUUCAGAAGCAAAGCGCCUUCCUCCAGGAGCACAACACGGUCCUGCAGACUCAGACCGCUCAGCUGCAGGUGGAGAACUCGACCCUGAGCUCUCAGAAUUCUUCUCUCACGGCCCAGUACACUUUGCUCCAAAACCAGCAGGUGGUGAAGGAGAAUGAGAAUGAAAGCCUGCUGAAGCAGAAGGAGCAGAUGAUGACGGCUUAUGAGUCACUGCUUCAGGACCACGAGCACCUGAGCUCCCUGCACGAGCGGCAGUCCACGGAGUACGAGAUGCUCAUACAUCAGCACAGCUGUCUGAAGACCCUGCACAAGAAUCUGGAAAUGGAACACAAGGAGCUGGGGGACAGGUACAGUGGCGUGAUGAAACAGAAAUCAGAAUUAGAAGAGCUGGAGAGCAUUUUAAAGGCGGAGAGAGAAGCUUUGCAGCAAGAAAAGAGAACGAAUGUGAUCGCUUCUGGAGAAAACCAGAGGCUAAGGGACGAACUAGAGAGAGUGACCUUCCUGCACGGCCAGCUGAAGGGGGAGUAUGAAGAGCUUCACUCCCACACAAAGGAACUAAAGACCUCCCUCAACAACUCCCAGCUCGAACUGAACCGCUGGCAAGCCCGAUUUGAUGAACUGAGAGAGCAGAAUCAGAGCAUGGACAUCUCCAUGACCAAAUUGGACAACCACUGUGAACUGCUUUCCCGUCUCAAGGGGAACUUGGAAGAGGAAAACCAUCAUCUGCUGAACCAGAUCCAGAUACUGAGUCAGCAAAACCAGAUGCUUCUGGAGCAGAACAUGGAGAACAAGGAGCAGUUCCACGAGGAGCAGAAGCAGUACAUAGAUAAACUGAAUGCCUUAAGAAGACAUAAAGAAAAACUAGAAGAAAAAAUUAUGGAUCAAUAUAAAUUCUAUGAUCCUGCUCCAAAGAAAAAAAACCACUGGAUUGGAGCCAAAGCCUUAGUCAAACUCAUCAAACCAAAGAAAGAGGGUUCAAGAGAACGCCCCAAAUCAACUGCUGAUAGCCCUCCCUGGCAGCUGGAGUCCACAGAUCCUGCUUCUCCAUCUGCUUCCCAGCAUCUCAAAUUACAGCCAGAGACUCCAGAUAAUGUUGCUGCUACAGGUUCCAACAGCCAGGAUGAGAGAGAUGCGCAUAGUGGACCUGGGGGCAAAGUCACCAGUGAUCUGAAGCAGAAACGAGGUUCCCCUCAUGGAGGCAGCAGUGACCACUUUGAGGGUUCCACGGACUCCAUGGUCAAACACUGGCACACAGAGCUGAGCUCAAGGGCUCACUCCACCUCGGCCAUCCAUCUAACCCCUUCUAGCUCAACCCCCAUUGCCAGGCACACAGGCCUACCCAAAGGUUAUAAUUCUGAUGAUAACCUUUGUGAGCCAAGCCCAGAUCUAGAGUUCACAAACCACAGGCAGCAUGUGUCCCGGCCCCAUAGCUUAGAGAGCAGCAGGACUGCAUCAGGCAACAGCUCGCCCCUUAACCUAAAAGGUUCUUCUGAUCGUAUCCACGGCAGAUCGGAGAGCCUUGGGAAUGAAGACCUGGUCCCCAGUAGGGAUGUGGCCACUUUGCCUCGAGACGUUGCCUUUGGUCGUUCAGCCCUGUCCAUGAGCCGACAAGAGCAUCCCCCACCCUGGAAUGGGUCCAUUCCACAGGAGUCUCUGCAGAAGAGUAAUCCUGGCCAGCCUCAUGCCGUCAGGCAAAACUCUGCUUCUCCAGGCAGUGAGAUGGUGACUUUGGAAGAGUUUUUGGAAGAGAGCAACAGGGGAUCUCCCUCCAAUUGCCGACACAGCUUAAAAGAGACUGAAAUGAUUUCAUUGCAGCAGUUUCUGUUAGAAGCUGAUUCACUGUACCCUUCUUGUCAUUCCCCUCCUCCUUUCUUCCAACAUCUGGAGCCUCGGGGCCUGGAGGACCCAGUCCUUGGGCCUGCAAUUCGUGAAGAGAUGCUGAGGCCAGGCGUGGGCAGGGCCAGCCGGAGAACGACUUCCCUGUGUCUCCCAAGGGAUACUUCCACUGGCCGGGACGACCUGCUGAAUGACUACUUUAGAAAAGCCAAUGAUCCUCCUGCCAUUGGAAGCCCACUGGGUCCCCCUGUCAGGAAAGAGGGAACGAAAAUGCCCACCAACUUUGUGGCACCCACCAUCAAAAUGGCGGUCAACACAGCUGAGGGAAAGCUGCUCAAACCAGGGCAGUAUGUGAAGCCAAACUUCAGACACACAGAGCCUGAGCCCCAAGCCAGUACUCCUGGCUCCCUGAGAUUGGCCCAGCCUCCCCAGAGCCUGCCACUGGGCAGACCUAAACAGGCCACACUACCACCUUCCUCAAGUGCCCCAGCUGGUAGGAGUGCUUCACUAAGCAGAGCCUUCAGCCUGGCUUCAGCAGACCUUCUUCGUGCUAGUGGGCCAGAAGGAUACAGACAAGAAUCUCCACCGAAGCUUGGGGGAGAUGCCCGUGGGGGCAAGGAACCAGGCAGCCAGACCCUCAGGCUCCCUCCGUCUUCCAGCCUGCACACCCUCUCCAGAGAGAGGCCCCAGUCUGCCAAGAUCAUUGGCUCUUCUCAGGGUCCCAGCUCCCGUAACCGUCAGUUUGACUCAAGGCGCUUCUCCUUGGCUCCCCCAAAGGAAGAGAGACUGCUUCCUCAUCAGCAGUCUUCCACAUCUCCCGCCAUUUCCAUGAGUGGCAGUGGGACGGGCAUUUCCCAGCAGCAAGAACACCUCAGCCCCGGGGUAGGACAGCCCUUCUCAUCCAUACCUAUCUCAGCGGCCAGGGCCAAACCCAAGACCCCACCACACACUGGGGAGGUGGCUACUAUUGCUCCCGUCCGCAUGAUACCCCACCUUCCGGAGGGAGAAGGGGCCUCUUGGCAAGGCCAGAAUGAUGGAUUCAUGUCCACGAGCCAGACUAAAGCUCCCGAUUCUGCUCACUCUCCUGGACUGGAGGAGUUCAGUAGAGGAGGAGGCUCAAAGAGUACCCCUGGGUCUCCUGAGCCUAGUGGGGACCAGCAGACUGUGUGGUACGAAUAUGGGUGUGUGUGACCUGUCCCCUGUUAUAAGCAGAGCCAUUCAGUGAAACUACUGAUGCUUUGGUAUCGGAGUAUCUUGGCUUGACUUGUCGUCUUGGUUUUUGUUUUUUGCCUGUGGUGCAGGGAAGAAAGGGGCAGCUUUAGAAUAAGGGAGGGGAUUCUGAGGAGAUUUUUUUUUAAUUGAAACACUGUGCCAAGUCUUAAAGAGCAUUCCACCCCCAAAUUUGUAACAUGUCCUGUUUUAUCUGCUGCUUCCAGUAAUUUAUUUCUCCUGAAUGAAGUACACUUUAGCAUGGUCAAUAUUUAAAAUUAAAUGUUAAAAUUUUCCUUCCCUCUGUUCCAGACACUAUCAUAAAUCCCUACUAAGACACUUAUUUUGUUUUUGUACUUUUGGAACCAGUCUUUAAGAACAGACACAUUCAUAAAAUUGAAAGCUGGUUUGAACUGGGUUGGUGUAAAAGAAAUUCAAGGUGUCAUCACUGUGAGUACUCUCUCCAUAGACAUGGACCUCUCCACUCAUUAAUAAUAGUCUUUUUGAUUUACUCUUUCUCUCCCUCUCCCCAACACCCCCUGCCCAAAUUAAUCUCUUGGUGGCCAAUUUUCUGGUGAUAACUUUUCCAAAUUUAGCUAGAUUGGCUAGCAGGUAAUGGAUGUAUGUUCUAUCGCUAGGCCCCAUCCUCAGAGCUUUCUUACAUGGAAGGAUCAGCCCAAGCUUGCAAUCCACUCCUGGAAAAAAUAGAGAAAACAAGUCAUCAGAGGACUUUAAGUGGAAGUUGAGGAUUGGGAGCAGGGUUUACAUUAGGCCCAAAUCAGUCCCAAGAGAUAACUGAGAACCAUUGUGUUAACCAAUGCAGCUAUCAUGGGGGAAUGUCCCAGAGCUGAGUUUAUUUUUAAAAAUGAAGCCUUCAGCAGCUAGGUUUUAAAAGUCCCAAGUACCCUGUGGAUCCUUAAUCCAAGGAUUCUUUGUUUGCUUUGACACUGGUGAUAGACAGGGUUAAGUCAGGGUGCUUACCUGCCAACACACUCCAGGUAGCAUAUGCCUCAGCUUUCAAGCCCCAAGAGCAAAGCUGAGUUACCUUUCCUUUAUUUUUUCUACAAACACUGGAGCUAAUAUGUUCUGGGACAUAUUAUAGAAGAUGGCCCUGGGGAAAGUAAGAGGAAGGCUAUUUCCCAGGCCUACCAUUUGUAAAUAACAUGUAAAUGAAAAGAGGCUUAGGGGCUUCCCCCACCCCCCUUAUAGGGGAUGACCAUUUCUCUCUCUCUGAAUAAUUUUUCAGAGUAGAAACCAAAUUUCUUUUAAUAUAUUAUAUAUAUAAUCUAUAAACACACACACAUUGGGGAGGGGGGAAUCUAUUUAUGUUUCCUGUGGGUGUUCCUCUUUUCUGUCAGGAAUCUCCUUGGCUGCUUGUAUGUAUCUGAUCAGACUCAUGUCAUUCAUUCUGUCUCAAAGUUGUUUAUAAAGGUGCUUUUCCUGUGAUAUAUGAAAACGAUUUUUUUUUUCCUCCCUAAAGAUGUCCCUUUUGGUGAUUUGCUGACUUGAUCUGGUGAGAGGGAUGGAAAGAAAUUGUAAAAUGUUAAUAAGAUUGCUUUAGGAGUUGUUCCUGGUAACUUGUAGUAAACCACAUUCUGGAACACAAAGACAGGAUUUUAAUAAAAGUGGAGAAAGAAA